UAUUUACUCUGUGGCACACACUUUUUUCAGCGGUGUGAGCUGCGCGGUGAUUGACACGAGCCUUGGAUCCUUGGAUUUUGAUUUGAGUUUCGAGUUGAGUGAGAAAGGUUGCGGACUUUAAUCUUGUGUUUUGAAUUAUUUCUGAAUUUCCAUAAGAAUUCAUGACUGACCACUGUAACAGCUGAUGGACACAAUGCUAAAUAUACUGAAGAGAUCAACAGCAGUCCAUUUAGGAUUUGCAAUAUCAUAUUUUUUAUCAGGAUUGGUGUUAAAUUUCAUACAAAUCAUCCUGUACUGUUGCUUGAAACCUUUCAACAAGAGUUUGUUCAGAAAAAUUAACUACUAUCUCUGUUAUUCAUUUAGCAGCCAGCUGGUGUUUAUGUCACAAUGGUGGUCAAGAAGUAAAUUAUCUAUUUAUAUUAAGAAGGAUGAGUAUGAGAAGUACUAUGGGAAGGAACAUGGCUAUCUGCUAAUGAACCACAGCUAUGAAAUAGACUGGCUGAUGGGUUGGCAUUUCUGCGAAGGCAUUGGUGUUCUAGGGAACUGUAAAGCAUAUGCAAAGAAAGCAAUUCAGUAUGUCCCUCCUAUUGGUUGGAUGUGGAAGUUUGCAGAGUUUGUGUUUCUGGAGAGGUCAUUUGAAAAAGACAGGGAUAUCAUAAAACACCAGAUCACAGAAAUCUGUGAUUAUCCUGAUCCAAUAUGGCUAUUAAUGACGCCAGAAGGCACCCGUUUCACUCCAACGAAACACGAGGCGUCACUGAAGUUCGCUCAGGAGAAGAACCUCCCUCUGUUGAAGCACCACCUCACGCCGCGCACGAGAGGGUUCACCACCAGUCUGCAGUACUUCCGCGGGAAAAUACCCGCCAUCUAUAACAUACAACUGGCCUUCGAUAAAGACAGUAAGACGCCGCCAACCCUCACCAGCCUUCUCUACGGCAAGCCGGUGCACGCACACAUGUACAUCGAGCGCAUCCCCGUGGAGACCGUGCCCGAAGGCGAGGCGGAGGGCGCCAAGUGGCUGCACGACCUCUUUGUUGUUAAGGACAAAAUGCAAGACUCGUUCAUGAACACCGGGGACUUCUUCCUCCAGUCGGGCGUGCCCCGGGUGGAGCCCUUCGAGGUGGCCCCGCGCAUGUGGUCGCUGGUGAACACCCUCGGCUGGGUCGUGUUGACUCUCAUACCGAUGCUGUACUACCUUAUUGGACUUCUGCUGAGCGGGAGGCUUUUGUAUUUCUCGAUAAGCUGCGCUAUUUUUGGAGCAUUUUACAUUUUCCUCCAAAAAUCAAUUGCGAUGUCAAAGAUCAGCCAGGGCUCUUCGUACGGCGCUGAGAAGAAGUAACAUCGACUCGCACAAACAGUAUUUAUAAUAUUUUGUUAACCUUUGUUUUUAUACAUAUAUACAACUUUUUUCUGUUUUAUCCAUGUUAUAAUAUAAAAGGACUACUACUAUAAAAUGUAUUGUUAAAGAUGUGGUAUCGACGGAACGCGGACUUCAAAAGGCCUUUCGAGGGAUAGGCCCAAAAUUCAUAAAUUAAAUGCAUUGUUUUUCUAAACUUUGCAUGUAGUAUGUAGAUUCUAUAGUUUUAUUUUAGUAAAUAAUGUAUCGAAACAAAAUAUAAACAUUGAACAUUAGAAGUGGACGAUGAAAGAUAAAAGGUGUUUUAUACCCUAUUGCGGCUGAGCCAGAAAGGAGGGUUACUUUGUUUAUCAACCUGUGUGGAGUGUAGACCACACAAUCUAAGUAGACUUUAGAAAUCCAAAGAGUUUAUUUUGUUUAGAGGCCUGAUAAAAAGUAAUAAGGUGUGUGGUCUACAUAUUUUCUAUAAAAAAAUGAUUUUUUGUUGGUGUUGUGUAGUUAAUUUAGGUUUUAGAAAUUCUCUUUUUAAUAAGUAUACAAUUUCUUACAACGGUUCUCUAUAACUUUUUGACUUUCAUUUUGUGUCUCUUGUUGACUUAACAGCCUCUGUCAUAGGUUCAUACUAUUAGUAAUUUAACUUUUGGACAUAAUUGUAGGCCUCUCCCAAUCGGUUCGGCCUACUGUUACCCAGGGAGUAGCU